UAGGUGGGAGGGAUGGAUGCUGAGCUGUGACAUGAGCCCGCAGUCACACUGUACAGAGGAUGUGACCAGUCCCAGCACCAGGCUCAAUGACAGAGGAAAAGUGGGCAGGAAACUGUCUGUGCUCCAUUGUGUCGUAUGACAGACCAAUGAGGGAGUGGAUGCCAUGACAGCUCGGGGGGACCUGUGAAGUUGUGUGACAGGAAGCAGUGUGUACCGGAGGAGUGCAGGCUGUAUGCCAGGAUAUACGGCGGGGAGGACAUGCGCCCUGUGCCUGCACACUCCCGGCGGCAGGAAACCCUCCACAGGAAAGCCGAGUGACCGCCUCACCGGACUAUCCGCUCUCCUCUCUCCGGGGGAACAUGGCGACUCUGGGCACCGAGUGUCCGCCUUACCCCAACCUUCCCACCACCACCGCUCUGCCCCACACCCCGUACCACCACCCUACCACCGCCCUGCCUCACACCACCAACUUCACCCUCAGUCUGCCGCUCAACCGGGGCCUGGAGAGGGCGCUAGACGAGGCGGCCAACUCCGGGAUACUCAACCUCAGUGCCAGGAAACUCAAGGAGAUUCCCCGGAGUACCGGGAGCCACGACCUCACCGACACCGUGCAAGCAGACUUUUCUAAGAAUAGGCUGACAGAAGUGCCGGUUGAAGUCUGCCAUUUUGUGUCACUAGAAGCACUCAACUUAUACCACAAUUGUAUCAAAAUUAUUCCUGAGGCAUUAGCAAAUUUACGGAUGUUAACUUACUUAAAUAUAAGUCGAAAUCAGCUCUCAUCGUUGCCAGCCUGCAUAUGUGGUCUUCCUCUUAAAGUCUUAAUUGCAAGUAAUAAUAAGAUUGGGUUUCUGCCAGAGGAAAUAGGUCAACUGCAGCAGUUAAUGGAGCUGGACAUCAGCUGCAAUGAAAUAACAUCUUUGCCACAGCAAAUAGGCCUUUUGAAGUCUCUACGAGAAUUAAAUGUAAGAAGAAAUUAUUUAAAAGUUCUACCUCAAGAAAUUGUAGAUCUUCCCUUGGUAAAAUUAGAUAUUUCCUGCAAUAAAGUACUGAUGUUGCCACUUUGUUUUCAAAAAAUGGUGCAAUUACAAGUUUUAGUUUUGGAGAAUAACCCACUACAAUCUCCUCCUGCACAGGUUUGUAUUAAAGGAAAAAUACAUAUAUUCAAAUAUCUAAGUAUACAGGCUUGCCAGAUUGAAAAAACAGGUGAAUUUUAUCUUCAUUCUAUUGAAAGACCAAUUCUGCAGCAACAUGUUGAGGAAAGCAUCGAAGACAUAUUCCCAAUAAAGAAAGACUCAGACUCUGGAGUGGGCAGUGACAGCGGUGAGAAGCGUUUAUCAGCCUUAGAGCCUUGUGAUGAAGAUUCAGCCAGCCCCAGUGUGCCAAUGUCAGAUAUAUUGGAAGAAGAAAAUCUUGUCAAAGAAGAGUUAGAUCAGCAAUUUCAUAAUUUAAUGAAAGUUGAAUGUCAUCAGGAUUAUAUCCUAAAUUCUGCAGACGAGUCAGAAAAAUCAAUGUGCCAAUAUAAAGCGGAUGCAGAUGCCAGCUGCACAAAGUUUUUGAGUUACAGCCAGUCAAAAGCAGCUGAAUUUGAUGAACCUCUACAAAUACAGGAAGAAACACCAUGGUGUAUACAAAACAGGAAACAUAGUUUGGAACAAGAAGAAAUUCAUGCAGGAAUGAUAGAACAGUUAAGAGAAGCAGUUGAUAUGUUACAAGAUCCUAUAAGAUUAAGAAUGGAAAUUGAAGACAGCACUGAAUUGUUUAAUACACAGACCUCUCCAUCUGAUCCAAACAGAUCUACAGUAAAUGGCCAAGUGGAGUUACAGAUGUCUCCAAUAUUGCAGAAUGACACUCUGAAUGAGAAUGAAGCAUGCAAUAACUCCGAGGAAGAGGAUGAAAAUAAUACUCCUAGCAUGUCUCCAGUACACAACUCUGUGGCAUUUGGGCUGAAGUCUCGAUCUGACCCGUCCCUCACUCUUCCUCCUAUCUCCUUCAACAAAAUUACACAGGCACAAAAUUGGGACAGUUAUAACAAGGACAUGGCACCAGAAGGAGACAUUGACAAUGUUUUUACGAGGCCACAGAGGAAUUUGGAAUCGGUGGAUCCCCAGUUUACAAUACGAAGAAAAAUGGAGCAAUUGAGAGAGGAGAAAGAACUCCUAGAGGGCCUGCGUGAGAAUAUUGAAAUCAGAUUAAAGAUCUGUCUUCCUGAAGAUCUAGGAUCAGCUUUGAUGGAUGGAGUUGUUCUGUGUCACUUAGUGAAUCAAAUCCGCCCCCGGUCAGUAGGGAGUAUCCAUGUACCCUCUCCAGCUGUUCCCAGACUCAGUAUGGCUAAAUGUAGGAGAAAUGUUGAGAAUUUUCUAGAAGCAUGUAGAAAACUGGGAGUACCAGAGGAGAAGCUUUGUUUACCACAUCACAUCCUAGAAGAAAAGGGAUUAAUGAAAGUGAGCAUUACAGUCCAAGCACUUCUAGAUGUAACCACAACCAAGCAGGCCUUAAUUUUAUGAAACUAUUGCACCCUGUUUAACCCUAUGGUGACAUCGUGUUUUCUACAGGCUGCCUAAAGAGAGUAAUGUGGGAAAAAAGGAAUUUUGCCUCACAGCGAGGCACUGCUAAGGAGAUGCUGAGUGAAUGCAAGACAGAAAGUUGGUUUAACAUUCCAUAAAGGAAGGGCGUUGAGCGAAUUUUGCACAGCAUAAUUAACCUAUACGUAAACUGUACAUUCUCAGCCCUUACUUCAAAAGAUUGCUAAAUAUCAAUUAAUGCUGUCCUCCCAAAUUGUUUAUUUGCAUUCUUCCAAUUAUGGUGUGUUAUUGUAUUCUGUGAUGGAACAGCAGAAUAGUGAGCAGUGUUUGUUCUACCCAGUCCAUAGA